AUGGGAAAACUCGAUGAACGGGAUAGCAUAGCUAUCCUCCAACUUAUUAUAUUUCCAUUUAUCCUCGCCGCUGCAAUUUUCAUUUGGAACAGGGCUGGUUGGAGAGUCGGAAGGAAGAUUUGGCGAUAUCCCGUCACGCUCUCGCUCCUUCGAAUUGCCGGUAGUAUAUCUACCAUGAUAGCGAUCGAUCAUCACUCAACUGGCGUUACGCGGGCGGAGAAUGUGUGCGAGCUUAUUGGCCUUGCACCGCUGCUGCUGACCUACGUUGGAAUCUUGAGACAAAUUGACACAGAAAAAAGAAUACCUCGAAGGCCCCUCACGCUGGUGGCUGUCUUGGGUUUUGUCGGCCUAAUUCUUGGAAUUGCGGGAGUUAGCACUGCCAAUGUAACGUAUACCAAGAUUGACGGGCAUUGGACUUAUACCUACCAUCCAGGCGCUCUUGUAAAGGCGUCUAUGGGUAUCUUCAUUGCUGUAUUCGUUAUCACCGUCUUGAUGACUAGUUGGUUGUUCUUCCAGCUCUGUUUCACACUGAGACGGUUUCAGACCAAGCUGUUCCUGGCAACUGCCUUUUCCGCCCCCUUCCUGGUUCUCAGGUUAGUUUACUCGGCGCUCGGUGAUUACGACAGCGACGACCAGCGAUUUUCUCCGAUCAAGGGGAACGCUACUAUCUAUCUAUGCAUGGCGGUGGUGGAGGAGAUUACCGCCAUGGUUAUCACUAUGGCCUUAAGCAUGUCGGCUGUGCUUGAGAAAGAUUUCGUAAGACUCCGCCGACCUGAGCAGGAACCCGAGGUCGGAACUGAGCCAAAAUACAAUUCAGUCUAG